AUGGCUCUUCAAUACGACCCUGAGUUCCUUGCAGCCGCCGGGCCCCUGCUGAGCCAGCUAAGUCAGUACCCACGGCCCGCUGCUCACGACAUCAGCAGCCGAAGGGCGGCACUGGAGGCGUUUGUAGCUCAGAAUGGGCAGGAACAGACUCUCCCAGACGGCAUCGAAAAGCUUGUCCAUCAAGUGCAGACGGGCGACAACGAGCCCUUGACGAUCUACCAUUAUCGCAAGGAGCGGACACCCGCUAAGGCCCCAGCCAUUAUACACCUGCACGGUGGCGGCUACAUAUCCCUCAGCGCUGAGCAGCAUGAAACGGCUGUCACCAACCUGGUGUUGGCUUCCGGCGUCCAGAUGCUCUCCGUCGAGUACCGUCUAGCCCCGGAGCAUCCGUACCCAGCAGCCCUGGACGAUGCAUGGGCCGCGCUUACAUGGCUGCAGGCGCACGCAGACGAGCUGUCUAUCGACCCCAGUCGUAUCGCAGUGUAUGGCGAAAGCGCCGGUGGCGGUCUCGCGGCUAGCCUGGCCAUCCUCGCACGAGACCGAGGGCUCUCCCCGCCGUUAGCGAAGCAAAUCCUCGUUUACCCGAUGCUAGACGACCGCACGGUGGUGAACCAUGCCGGGAAGCUGGCGUUCUGGGACGCUGAUGACAAUGUCACCGGCUGGACAGCGUAUUUGGGCAAGGAUGUGCGUGGCACGGAAGAAGUGUCUCCAUAUGCGGCGGCAGCGAGGGUUGAGAGCGUGGAAGGAUUGCCAUCGCUGUAUCUGGAUGUGCCGCAGCUAGAUAUGUUUGUGCACGAGGGUACUGAAUAUGCGCGGCGGUUCUUGGUUGCAAACAUCCCUACCGAGUUGCAUGUUUAUCCUGGGCUGCCGCAUGGAUUAGAAAAUGAAGGUCGGCUUGUCGUUCUCUUCAUCACCUAUCCCGACAUCACCGCAUCCGUCUUCACCAUGACCACCAUUACCAGACCAUCCGCAGAGACGCUCGCCUCCACCGUGAGCAACAAACUCGCCAUCGUCACCGGUGCUGCAAGAGGCAUCGGAUACGCGACGGCCUCCUUACUCGCUCAACAUGGGACCCGCGUUGUCCUCGUCGAUCUGCACGAAGACGCGCUGCAAAAAGCAUGCACGAUUAUCGGACCCCAGGCGACGUACAAGACGUGCGACGUAAGCGACUGGGACCAGCAAGUCGCUCUGUUUAACUGGGUUGUGAAAAACAUCGGUCCUAUCGACCUCGUCGUCUGCAACGCCGCCAUCAACCCUGAAAUUGCCCUCCUGGCAACGGAUGACGAUGAGGAGCGCAAGAAGAUGAACAACCACGUCCGAUACAACUACCUCGCUGAUGAGCGGAACGAUGGCAACGCCUCGUCUUUGAAACGCCCUUCUACGCAGGUGCUCGACGUGAACAUCAACUCGGUGAUCUUUGGCCUGAAGCUGAGCAUCCACCACAUGAAACCGACAGGCGGCCGCAUCGUGGUUGUUGCCUCGGCCGCGUCCUACGUCCCUGUCCCCUCGCAGACCCUGUAUACCGCUAGCAAACACGCAGUUCUAGGUUUGGUCCGCAGCACCGCUAUGAUGCAGGAGGUUGCGCAAUCCGGCAUUGCAAUCUCGUGGGUUGCGCCGUGGUUGACGCUUACUUCGAUGGUUGAAGGUAUCGCUGCGACGACGCAGGAAAAUACCCUCAAAAGCUCGCCCACGGAUGUCGCCUGGGCGAUUGUUGCGGCAGCCGCGGCGUCGAAGGAGAAUGCGAGUGGAAAGGGGUUCUGGGUGCAGGGGAGUACUAUUACCGAAGUCGAGGGAGCGUACGGGGAAGUGGCUGGGCGUUUGAUACUGCCGGAAAAUAGGUUCUAA